UGGGCCUGGGCUGGCCCCAGGGCUCGCACCUGGAGCCCUUGACCUUUUUUGGCCCAGCCUGAAGCUCCAGGCCUCUGGACUGCGUCUGGGAAAUGUGCGACCCAGGGUGGACAGGUGUGCUGCGGCCGCAGAGAGAGCCGCGGCUGUGUGUUUGGAAGGGUUAAAGGAUUCUGCUCAGCCACCUCCGGGAUCUUGUCAGGGGUCGAUUCUACCUGGACAGAGCUCUUAAGACUGGGCUUGUCAAAAGUGUACUGGAAGUAGCCCGUCGUUUCCUUUCAAGCCUUCCAGGGUUGCAUCAGUCUCCAACUGCUAUAAUGCUCCUAAUAAAAUAUGCUUCAAUUUCCAGGGACAGAUGGGAGGUGGGGUGGGCCAAAUGAGACCAGGCAUCCCCUUAGAUUGGGGCUGUGACUGAAGCCACCCUCCUCUGUUAGCAUCGGAGUGACCCGGAAAAUAAGUCCAGCUGACCGGGAACCCAAGAGCGUGGACAUGCCUGCUUCAUGGACUGCUGGGAAAGACCCACCGGUAACAAAGGGGACCCCAGAAGCCUGAGGGCGAAGGUCAGGGCUCCUGAAAGUUUUUAAACCCAUCAUAAACACACAUAAGUCACACAUAAGUGCUCUUUGAAUCUGCUCACUUAUGAUGUUAGAAGAACAUUUUCCAUAACAUAUCUUUGUGGCUCUACUUAGUAUUAAUAGCACAUAAGUAUGUGGACCUGAACUUCUGAAUCCCACGGCAGAAUUAGAAAAUAAAAUGCAUCAUACAGAGAAUAAUGAAUUUGUCUCUCUACCUGUGGCACAAAUGAAGAUUCCUGCUAAAUACUGGUGCUUAGUGCUGUGUAGUAGUUCAUGAACAUUAAACUUGCCUUCUAAAUUUGUUAACAUUCCAGUGUAAGUUUUAAGCACAUUGGGAAGACACGGUUACAAAAUCCCCUCCCUAAUCCCAAAUAAUAUCCCAGUUCAUUCAUGUUUUAUUCAGACUUAAAUAAAUCACUAGCAGAACUCAGCCUCUCUCAUUUAAGAUUUUGUUGUAACUGAUUCCAAUUCAAAAAAGAAAAACUACUGAAAUUAGAUGUUGUAAACAAAAGAAACAGCCAAGAUUUAAAAAUAAAAAUUAUUAUGCUACAUUUCAAGUUUGAAUGGAUAACGAUGGAAUUCCGCAUGCUGCAAACAAUACUAACAAAUAGAAACACCAAAAAAACACGCUACUUGUCCAAGCAUCACUAAAAUAUAAACAAACUAACCAACAUAAAACAGCCUGGGGCCCAUUCAUGUCUUAGUAUUCAAAGGUAAUUGCCGUCGGAGGCCUGGGAACGCUUUUCUUUCCUAAGGGGCAUGGGCUUAAGGGACAACCUGCUUUUGUUGAUAUGUACUAAAAGUUCUGCUAGACAAAGGCUUGAAUCCUCCAGAAUCCAGCACAAAAGUGAGAAUAAAUUUCAAGCUGGAAAAUACUGCUGUUGCCGUCAAUGAGAGCGGCUUACUGAUUCUGACAAAAAGUUGUGAUUUGUGCGCUCCUGGCAAUAGCAUUUCCUGCUAUGAUGGUCUCGUAGAAUUUUUGAAAAUGGACCAUUCCAUGAGAGUCUUCAGGAAGUGAAGCAUCUCGUGGUUUAGCACCUUGCUUGGAUGCACUUUGGUGGGUGAUAGGCUGAAUGGCUUAGUCUGUUUAAUCAGGGGAGGGUAAAUGUCUUGGUGGAUAGCUCAAAAAGAGGAAAAUGGCUUGGUCCCCCUUUCUUCGUAGAGUCAUAAAGAACUAUUCAAACCUCUUAUUUCCCUCUUGCAAUAAGGUUCUCCCCAUAAGUCCUUGCUGAUGUCUUCAGGGGCAGCCCAAGUGAGUGGAUCCUGGCGGUGCCCCCUGGUGUGCACAUCUUGCCUGGCUGCAGCAGGGUUGGCACUGGAUUUGGGGAGGAAGAGAGGCCUGGUAAAGGAGACUUUAGUCCCUGCUGCCAAGAGGCGCUCUGUUAGCCAGAAGGACUUUGUCACUUUAAUGGAACUGUUUCCCUACACCUGUGCCUAGAAGUGGACCCUUGGUAUAGCACACAGAGAAUAAUGGUCUACCUCAAUGCUGAUGAAUUCAUCCUUUCCCAAAAACAUUGAAGCUGUAUAAUUUGGAAAAGAAAGAAAGGACUAGACCUUUAGUGUGUAUUUGAAAGACAGUCAAUCUUGACAUCACUUUUGUGACAGUUCUUGAAUCCUCGGUGAGAGCGGAGGUUUGGUUUUCCCAUAGAAACUGUCAGUGAGGCAGUGAGGCUGCUCUGCUGUCACCACGGCUCUGUGGCCUGUCAGUCUUUGCUGUAAGGUCAUAGAUGUGCUCCUUGAUCCCACAUGGAGUCCUGUGAGGACCGAGUGAGAACCUGAGCCCCUUGGGAGCAGCCCCAGUGCCCACAUGGUGGGGGACAGCAGGCAUCAGAAAAGGGCGAGGCGGGAUGUGCACUGGGUCAGGGCAGUGUCCCUGCCUCCUAGAGAGCCCCUGCCUGUGCUGGGCUCUGCAGUGGAGAGUUGCUGGUGGCCUUGGCCCUGGAGCCCUGGCUCCCGCCUAAUAUUCUGCCUGCCCCGUUGAUGUUGUGCUUGGCUCCUGUGGGACUGCAACUCACGGCUGGAAACUGGAGCCAAUUUUCUGUCUUCAUCUCGCAGUGUUGUGACUGGAGGCAGAUCCAGUGCAGGCCGAUUGGGGCUGGUGGAAACAACUACCGAGUGUCUCUGUCUGCCUUGCUCUGGGAAGACAAGCGAGGGAGUCCCAGAAUGUCACAGAGGAACUGGCCUGCGGAAAGGAGAGGAGCGGGAGUCGGGUUCCAAGCAGACUGUGCCUGCAAGCAGCAGUUGGGAUCUGAGGCUGUCAGAGAUGACUCUGGUUCUGUCCAUGAAUAGAUUCUGUGAGCCCAUUGUCUCGGAAGGAGCUGCCGAAAUCGCUGGGUACCAAGCACUAUGGGAGGCUGACAGCUGCAGAGGCCCGAGCCCCCCGGGGCCGGCACAGGCUCCUCUGCAGGGAGACCGGGGAGCCGGGCACCCCCUGGCAGGGUCCCAUUACAGGGGAAUUUCAAAUCCUAUAACAACAUCCAAGAUUACAUACUUUAAGAGGAAGUUUGUGGAAGAAGAGGAUUUUCACCCGCCACUCAGCAGCUGUAGCCAUAAAACCAUCUCUAUUUUUGAGGAACGAGCCCACAUCCUUUAUAUGUCCUUAGAGAAGCUGAAGUUUAUCGAUGACCCUGAAGUGUACCUCCGACGAUCUGUUCUUAUAAACAAUUUGAUGAAGAGGAUCCAUGGCGAAAUCGUCAUGCAGAGUAACUGGUGCUUUCCGGCCUGCUCUUUCGGCAGCGCCUCUGCCCAAGAGUGGUUCGUGGGUCCAGACUGUCCUGACCGCAAACGACCACGCAUGGCCAAAGAGGAGUGUGAGGAAUUCCACGCCUGCUGCUUUUAUCAGGAAUGUGGAGGCCACUACCUAAACCUCCCCCUUUCUGUCAGCGCGAGUGUUGGAAGUACCUCCGCAACCGCCGCCUCCCCUUCCUCCUCCUCUCCCGCUCUGCCUUUGCCGAGUUGUUCCCACCAGUUGGGUUUCGACACCGGCAGUGCAUCCAUUUACAAGAGUGACGGCCAGAUUCCUGCCAGUGAAAUCUUCGAUACGAAUGUCAGGGCACGUGGCGUCCAGGAAAAGGCCAAGUUAAACGAUGAGAAGACGGAUGAUGACACUCACGGAGGUGGCAACCCCCUCACCCACGAACCUGGGGGAAACGACCUUGAUUGUGAGUGCAAAGGCCAAUUUUAUGAUUAUUUUGAGACUGGAUAUAAUGAAAAAAACAAUGUAAGUGAGUCUUGGAGAAAGUCUUUGAGGAGAAAAGAACCUUUACCGAGUAACAAAUUAUGCUGCAGCAAAGGGAGUAAAAUAUGAGCCAUCUUUUCACCAAAACUCAGAAGCAUGCGCAGCAUGAUCAGUUAGCUCUCAUAUGUUUUAUUUUGAAUGGAUUUUAUAGUUUUGUACAACUGAUAAAAUCAUGUCAUGAACAUUCUGUGCUGUGUCAAUGCCUGGGGAGCAGAUUGUGUAAAACAUCUGUAUAGUAGGCCUCAGCAAGCUCCUUACAAAUAUGGUGAUUUUACCAAGAAACACUCAACUUGAUGCUUCGAGGUGUAUCUUAGUUUUCUUUAAAAAAAUCACUAGAUUAGACUGGGGACAGUGUACCCUUGUGAUAUUUCCAUUGCCCCCAGAAGCCUGUCACUAGCUAAGAAAGUGCAAUGUGUUUGCCGAUUAAUUAGGUAGUUAUUUGAUAAGCACACAAUGUAACCAGCAAAGGAUGCCUGCUGCUUCUGUAGGAUGCAGAAUUUUUUCUAAAUAAAAGACUGAAGACAGGGCGCUAGAUGGACCAGCUUCAUGGUGCUGGUUUCUGUAUCUAACGACCUCUGUGAUGGGUGAAGACGGACUACACCAUGGAGCAUACCUUUCUGGGGCCGCAGGCGUCAGUCUGCACAGAGUGGAUCCCCUGUAAGCCUCACUUGUCUGUGGUGGUGAUGAGGCGAUGGAGGAGGUGGUAUACAGGGCGAUUUUUGGUGCCUUACUUUAUCUUAAUUUUUGCCAAUGUGAAAAUUAAGGAUAAAUCAGAGUUACAGCAGGGAUUUAACAAACAGGAAAAAAAAAACAGGGUGGAUCCAUAUGGUUUGGAAACUGUUACCUUUGAACUAUUGUGUUCAGCUUUUGAUUCAACAUCUCUAUUCUUCCUUUAUUUUUGAUGCCCACUUGCUUUGGGUUUAGCAUUUCUGGAUAGGGAUGGAGGAGACAUCAGAGAGAGCUGUUAGGAACCAGCACUAGCUACUUGAGCUUUUCUAUGGCGACAGCGUGUUGCUGGGGUCUGGGUGUUCUGGGUUUUGGGUUGUUUUGUUUUGUUUUCUUGUCCAAUGAAGUUCAUGAACCCUGUGGCAUGCGUUAUACUUUGACCUGUUUUGCAUCAUUUCACUCGUUUAGAUUAUAAAAGCAUGUGGUUUUUUUAUAUAGGACCUUUGCUGUUGAUUAAGAAGCACAAUGUUAAUAAAUGAUGUGGUCGAUAAGGUUUAUUUUAAAGAAUGUAAAGAUUUUAGCUUUUGGAGAGUUAUUUUGGAGAAAUGGGACUCGGUCUGCAGUUGUUAACUGUAUUUGGCCCGCAUUCUUCUUGCUGAGACCUUAAACUUGUGCGUUGGCGGGCGUGUGCAGGGCGGCCCUCUGGCCGGCCGGCCUGCCGUCUGCUGCAGCAACGCCUCCAGCCACACUUCCCACUGCCACGGCUGCUGCCUGACGUGGUCUCUUCACACAGCACUGCGCAGAAACUAAAGGCCAAGUGGAGGAGAUAAGUAAGUCCUCCUGGUUUCUCCAAGAUAAAGCUUUUUUAUUAUCACUAUUAAUAUUAAAUAUAGGUCUCAUUCAUACAGUGUAUGAGUAGGAUCAUUUGGACAGUUGUCCACAAGGACCAAUUUUUAAAACAUGUUAUUGUGUCAUAGCUCAAUAGUCUAGUAUGUUUUGUUCUUUAUUUUCAAUAUUCGAUAAACAUUUGAUGUUGAAAAUUUAGAUGAUAGAUGCUUGUAUAUGAAUGUGUUGUAAUAAAGUGAGGUUU